AUGAUACAACAAACGUUAGCGGUAGAUAACAAGAAACAACAGUUACAAGCAGAAAGCGACACAGGAAGAAAGCAUAAUAACGCCGUAUUGUAUUUUGUCCACUUUAAAACUUCAACGUCGUUUUAUAGUCGGAAUCAGAAUCUCAUAAAGACGGUUCCAAUCAGAAAGAAGCGAAAGAAGAAAGCUACAAUGCAAAGGAAAGUCAUAGCGGAUAAUGAAGAGAGUAUUCAACAAGAAAGGCUGGUGAACCAAGACACUGCUUUGGAUGACAUCGCUAAACAAGAACUUAAUGUUAUAAAUAACAACGGAAUAAAAGCAGGCGACAAUACGGACAGAAGCGACGGAAAUCUGAUCAGAGGCCUUCCCAAUAUACAGGCUAGCUCGUGUUAUAUCUCAUCACUGAUUCAGGUUUUAGCACAAACACCUGGCUUCAUUGACAAACUUUUUACAGCCCGUCAGAACUGUCACGUGGCCGAGACUUUAAUUAAGCUGUUUGUGGAGAUUAAUGAUAUACAACAUGAUAGUUGCUAUACAGAAGAGGAUUUAUAUAAUCUUGUGUCAGAACUACAGAACUCGAUGUCUAAAAGAGAUGAAUGUUACCAAAGUGGAAACCAAAAUGACUGUCACUCUUUAUACCUCAGUUUGCUGAGUGCGUUGGACGAAGAGAUCGAAGGAUGUACAUCCUUGUUCGACGCGCAUGCGCGACAAAUAUUCAGGUAUUCGACGUGCGACCACGUUGAAGAAUGCCCGCCGGAGUGUACUAGAUCACUGCUUUUGACUGUUGAUGACAAAUAUUGUUCCGUUAAUGAGAGUAUCAAGCUUUUAGAUGAGACUGUGGCCUUUCACGACGCCCAAGUACCAUGUAGGACAUGUUUGAAAGAGGAGAAACACUAUGAAGACACUAUCACAUUUAAACACUUCAUCAUAGAAAGCCCAGCACAAAUACUUGUUCUACAGCUCUCCAGGUUUAAACAGGAUGUGUUUUCAACGGACGAACCACACGGAAGGCUGUACAAGUACGCGGGCAACGUUAUGUACCCUACAGAGCUAACCCUUUUAGUCAGCAAACAGGGACCGUCCGGCAGGGAAUGUGCACGUGUAUGGUACGAGUUAUAUGGAGUUAUCUGUCACGAGGGAGAUCUUGAUCAAGGACAUUAUUGGUGUUACGUAAAGAAGUACGGAUGGAACCCGGAUCAUCUGUACCUUUGGCACCUGUGUGCCGACUCCUAUGUCAGAAGACUAGAAAUUGAUGAAGAAUGGCCUAACUCACCAUUCGCUUAUCUAUUAUUCUACAAGCAAAUACAAUCAACUCAAAAAAACUAA